UAUUGGCUUUUACAUAACUACUUCCAUACCAAGCUUUGUUUGUUUCCUCUUCGAUCUAAAUGGCUGUUUUUCAUGCAACUAUGUUCUACAAACCUUUUCUCGCUUCUCUUUUCCUACUCGUCCUAUUUCUUCCAAAUCUCCACAUAACAGAUGCACAAGUAGGAGUGUGCAACGGAAGACUAGGCAACAAUCUACCAUCCAGUCAAGAAGUGGUCGAACUCUACAACUCCAACGGCAUUCGAAGGAUGAGAAUAUACGAUCCGAACCCACAAGCUCUCCAAGCCCUCCGGGGAUCCGACAUCGAGCUCAUGCUUGAUGUCCCUAACAACGAUCUCGAGGGUCUCGCCAACGACGCUGCCGCUGCAUCAAAGUGGGUCCAAGACAACGUUCUGAACUAUAACUCGGACGUCAAGUUCCGAAUCAUAGCCGUUGGGAAUGAGGUUGAUCCCAACAACGGUGCAACGGCUCGCUUCGUUCCGUUUGUGCUCGAUGCCAUGUUGAAGAUCUACGAUGCAAUUGCCUCUGCUGGCUUGAAGGACCAAAUCAAGGUUUCCACUGCAACAUACUCAGCGCUCGUAAGCAACCCGUACCCUCCUUCUGAGGGCUCUUUCAAUGGUGCCUCGGGGUCAUUCAUGGGACCGAUCAUCAACUUCCUAAAGAACACCAACAAUCCGCUACUCUUCAACAUAUACCCCUACUUCAGCCGCACCUAUGAUCCCCAAAACGUGGCUCUACCAUACGCCCUUUUCACAGCAACAGGAGAUUUCCCACAAGAUGGUCAGAAUCAAUACAGGAACCUUUUCGAUGCCAUGUUGGAUGCCGCCUACUCUGCUGUAGAGAAGGCGGGCGGACCCAAUGUGGAAAUCGUGGUGUCAGAGAGUGGAUGGCCGUCUGAGGGUGACAAUAUUGAUGCUUCUGCGGAGAAUGCAGGGACUUAUUAUAGGAACCUUAUCAAUCAUGUGAAAGGAGGGAGUGGGACUCCCAAGAGGCCUGGGAAGGCUAUUGAGACUUAUUUGUUUGCCAUGUUUGAUGAGAAUGAGAAGACUGGAUUAAAGAGUGAGAAGCAUUUUGGGAUUUUCUCACCCAACAAGCAGCCCAAAUAUCAGCUUUCUUUCAACUAAGAUAUAUAGUUGUGAGUUUUAGUUAGGCAUGUAAGAAGAAAAUACGAGGAAGAAUAAGAAAUAAUGUCGGGAAGGAUAAUUGUAUUUUUAUUAAUGAAUAAUAAAUUUAGGCUUCUAUGUGCCUACAAAGGAAAUAAGAGAUGGAGAUUUAAUACUCCUUGCCAUGUUC